UUAAUUAAAAGUUUUAUCAUUAUUGUACUGCGAACGAAAAUAAAAUGUGUAAACGUCUCAUUAUUUUAACAUUUUGCUUGAAUAUGUGUUUAUCUAGGGAUUUUUAUAUGGGUAUGUUUAAGAAAAAAGAUCUCUUAGUGGCACAAGAUACGCUCUACAAAGAAAAAAUACCAUUCCGAUCCGUGUACGCAAAGUAUGGAAGAAUUUUUAAAUGUCCGAUAACAUACUUCCGUGUUGUGGACCGACUCGGCAUAGGACGAGGACCUCGAGUAGAAAUAAUAAGAGGCGGUCUUAGACAUAAAUACAUUGUAGUACGAUUAACGUCACCAUAUAAUUAUCCAAUAUCUGUCAAUGUUUACGUAGGCUGUGAAAAUAAAUUGAAGAUACAGAGUUCCACACCGAAAAUCAUUGUGCAAACAACUGUAGGCGAAGCCACGGUCACAGGUGGUGGUGACAUUGCUACCACCGAUAACUCAGCAGUAAACACAACAGGUGGCAACUCUACAGGAGGAGGUAAAGCUACUACUUAGAUGCUAACAUAAAUAUUAAUUUUAAAUGUUUCAUUAAACUAUAUACAAAUGUUUAUUUAUUAAAAUGAAGAUAAUUUUACGUGAUUUAUUUAUGGGACGUACAGGAA